CUCGACCCUGUUCCAAAAUUUCCUCUUUGUGUUGAGGAUUUUUCGACGCUUGCUAGCCCGAUGUUUGUGUUUUCUGGCGGGAGUUCUGGAUCGGCCCUGCCUCCGAGUACAACAGACACCAAGAGCAAGGCAGGAAAGGUAACAUCGCGGAAACCUGCUCUCCAUCAGCCUUCCAAGCAACAUCCGCUUGCAUCCGGUGUGGCCUCGACCAUUCGCAAGACUUCAACAUCGACAAAACCAGUUCCGUUUACGUUCAGGACUAAUCUUUCUUCGAGGACUGGUAGGUCGAGCUCCGGAGCUCCCCUCUCACCAAAAGCAGAGAAGUCGGCCAACACCGAGGCGCCCCCUGUGGCAAAGGACGAUAACAUUGAACCUCAAGUAGAGCCCGCGGGAGCAAUCAACGAGCCUAUUUAUGACCUUGACAAAGUGAAAGCUGCCAAAGUUUGUUCUUCCCCAUACCUGUCGGCUUUCUGCUUCUCAACGAUGCAGGUGGAGUUGAAGCAUCUCCGGAGUUUGACAGUAGACGCGUCAGACCUCAGUAAGGACCACGAACUACAGGCCGCGCCUCUCAUUACAAGAGAAGCGUAUAUCACUGCUGGAUACAAGAAACAUUCCACACCAUAUGGAGUGAUGGGUCAAGUGUUGUCAAUAUAUUCGAAAUCAAGUGCCUACGUCCCUGUAGAUCCUAGACUCUAUGUCAAUACAAAUACGCCAUUCACCGCUGUAGUGUGCGGAGUACAAGGCUCGGGAAAAUCACAUACAGUUUCGGUCCUCCUCGAAAACAUGCUCAUUCCGAAACUCCAGGAAAUAGGUUCCCUGCAGCAGUCUCUAGCAGGACUCGUCCUCCACUUUGGGGAAGGUGGUGUCGGUUCUCUUCCGAGCGAGGCUGCAUGGGUCGGUGUUCCGUCAAUGGAGGGUGUAAGAACGCCGAAAGUGCGAGUCUUCGUGUCGAAGUCUUCUCUCAAUACUAUGAAGAGCGUUUAUGCCCCUCUUGGAAAGAAUGUUGAAGUGGUUCCCCUAUUAUUCAACGAGACAGAGUUAGAUGCACAAGCUUUUCUAUCUAUGAUGGCUGUCGGGUCGUCAGAUUCCGCGCCACUCUACAUCCAGAUCGUUUUGAGCAUUCUCCGAGAUUUGGGAGAGUCGUUCUCGUACAAACUAUUCAUGGAUCGACUUGACGAAGAGAAAAGAUCGUUCAACCCCGCGCAAGUUGCCGGUCUUGAGCAGCGUUUAGCCCUCUUGAAUUCGUUCAUGGUGUCCAAUGGUCCACAGUCAGCCACUUUUGGUUCAAAGACGUACGCCAAUACCAGUGGACCCAGAUCAAAUGUUCUUGCUCCCAAAUCGACCCCGCGUCGUUUCGCUGCCGGACAAUUGACCAUUGUUGAUUUAUCGGAUCCAUUCAUUGACACAGGCUCUGCGUGCGGUUUGUUCGAGAUCGUCACGAGGCUAUUCGUGAGGGCUGAGGUUGAAACUGGAAAGGUUCUUGUUGUCGAUGAAGCCCACAAGUACUUGUCCACAAACAGAGGGGUUUCAGGGCUAACCAAGGCCAUUUUGACCCUCACGAGAGAGCAGAGACAUUUAGGGAUGCGUGUCAUCAUUUCUACCCAAGAGCCAACUGUGGUGCCACCUGUCUUGUUAGACUUGUGUACUGUCGCUAUUAUGCAUCGGUUUUCUUCUCCGGCGUGGUGGGACCACCUCGCACGGCACAUCUCUGCUGACGUGUCUGUAGAUGCAGCAUUUGACACUGUUGUUAAGCUCCAGACUGGUGAGGCGAUUGUUCUUGCGCCAUCGGGGCUUGGCGUGUUCCCCCAGGAUGAAGAGAUUGCCAGCCCUGAGGGUGAUACCCCAACUGUCUUGAAGAUGAGCCAAUUUGGAAGACGUUACAUUAUCAUGAAGACACGUGCUCGUGUCACGAAAGACGGAGGGACUUCGGUUCUUGUUGUUCCCCAUCAAGAAGAAAGCGAGGAGUCAGAGGAGUCAGAGAGCGAAGAGGAAGCAUCUGAGGAUGAGGAAUCUGAAUAAGUUAAUCACAUAUCUUACCUACUAUUAUUAAUAACCACAAUAUUUGCUGAUUCUCAUGAUACUCACUUCAUUAUAAGUAGUCUACUUAGUUCAUAAAAGCAUUGUUUACAUCUGUUUACUA